UCUUCUUCUUCACAAGCCCUGAACCAUCUCUUUUAUCCAUCCUUUCUCUCUUUCAUCUUCAGACUCUGUUAAUCUUCUUUUCUGUUGUUAUAACAUCAUUCAGGUAGGAAGAAAGAGCUAGAAAGCCAUGAUGUUCCCAGUAUCAGUUAUUAUAAUGAUAGCAGACUGGCUCUUCAACAGGCUUCUGGCCAACUCAUGUUACAGGGCUGCAAGGAAAAUAAGAAGCUAUGGGUUCUUUUUGAGGAACCUAUCUUCAAAGCAGCAAUCUCCUUCGUUUCCUAGUGUGGCCAAGUGUGAUUUAGAAAAUAGAGCUUUUGAUACAUUGGUUUGCGACAUGAAUGGAGUCUUGUUACGAUCCCAAUCUUUUUUUCCAUAUUUCAUGCUUGUUGCUUUCGAAGGCGGUACCAUCUUUAGAGCAUUUUUGUUGCUUUUGUCAAGUAUUUUCUUGUGGGUUCUUGACCAUGAGCUCCAAUUAAGAGUUAUGAUUUUCAUUUCCUUUUGUGGCCUUAAAGUAAAAAAUAUUGAAACUGUGAGUAGGGCUGUUUUGCCUAAGUUUUACCUUGAGAAUCUCAAUGCUCAAGCUUAUGAGGUUUUGGCUUCGGCUGGGAGAAGGGUUGUCUUUACAAGUGUACCGAGAGUUAUGGUAGAAGGAUUUCUUAAAGAAUAUUUGAGAGUUGAUGGCGUUAUUGGGACUGAGUUGCACUCUGUUGGGGACUACUUUACCGGUUUAAUAUCUGAGUCUGGUUUGCUUGUAAAGCACAGAGCUCUUAAAGAGUAUUUCGGAGAUAAAAAACCCGAAAUCGGCCUUGGAAGUUCAAGUCUCCAUGACCAUCUUUUCAUCUCUCUUUGCAAGGAAGCUUAUGUGGUGAACAAGGAAGAUAACAAGAACAGUGCAUCUUCAAUAAUGCCAAAGAGCAAGUACCCAAAGCCUCUGAUAUUCCAUGAUGGAAGGCUAGCAUUCUUGCCCACUCCAUCGGCAAGUCUUUCCAUGUUCAUGUGGCUUCCGCUUGGAAUAGCUCUAGCCAUCUUUAGAAUCUUUGUGGGUAUUAUGUUUCCUUAUAAGUUAGCAGUCUUGCUGGCCACCUUCAGCGGUGUGAGAAUCACUGUCAAAGGGUUCAGCUCUUCACCAAUUUCGGUUCAGAGAAAGGGAGUCCUAUACGUAUGCACGCAUAGGACCCUUUUGGAUCCAGUUUUCCUUAGCACAACUUUACGUAAGCCUUUGACCGCAGUUACAUAUAGUCUAAGCAGAAUGUCUGAAAUUAUAGCCCCGAUUAGAACCGUAAGGCUAACGAGAGACAGAAAAAAAGACGGACAAACCAUGCAGAGAUUGCUAAACGAGGGUGAUUUGGUGGUGUGCCCUGAAGGAACCACAUGUAGAGAGCCUUAUUUGUUAAGGUUUAGCUCACUGUUUGCAGAAUUGGCUGAUGAGAUUGUCCCUGUAGGGAUGAACACAAAUGUAAGCAUGUUCUAUGGUACAACAGCUAGUGGAUUGAAAUGCUUGGAUCCCAUUUUCUUCUUCAUGAACCCUAGACCAAGCUAUUACAUUCAUAUUCUCGAGAAGGUGCCCAAGGAGCUGACCUGUUCUGGAGGGAAAUCUGGCUACGAAGUGGCAAAUUAUAUUCAAAGACAACUGGCUGAUGCUUUGGGAUUUGAGUGCACUACCCUUACAAGGAAGGACAAGUACUUGAUGCUAGCGGGGAAUGAAGGCUUUGUCCAAGAUAAGAGAAGGAGAUUCUAGCUAGUUAAAACAAUCAUGAAAUUAUUAACCAUAUUUCAAGUCUUUUCUUAUUCUCGUUUCCCUCAGCCAUAUAUUUUUUAUUUCCUAUUUUCGGUCGUUAUAAUUUAUUUUGUGUUACAUCUUUUUGUACGUGUGAAAUUAGUAUUUGCAUUAUAUACAUUAUAAAUUCGAUCUGUUAGAAAUAGCCUAAUACAAAUAAAUGCAAUGAUCGUUUUAGCGCACAA